AUGACCCACUUAUACGAUCGCCAAUCCCCUCGAGACCUUACCAUACCUGAAUUAUGGGCAAGUUGGGAUAUCAUGAUUGAUCAACCUUCUCAAGAAGCCAAAAUGGUCCAAGGUACUCUUGGAAGAGACACUUUACCUUCUUUCGCUCUCAACGACGAGAAUAUCCCUUCAAGAACCCUCAAAGAACUUUGGGAGUUGUUCCAUGAGACCGAUCGAGAGAAAAGGGAGUUCCCCAAGAAGCUUGCUUGUGUUAAGGCGGUAAAGGACCACGCCAACGAACUUUACAAACAAGACGAUUGGCUGGAAGCUCUUGCUCAUUAUAAGAAUGCUUGGUGUACUCUUCUUCCUUAUCACUUGGACGCUUUCCCUGCUGGGCAUCCCGCCAAAUCACUCAUUGCUAAAAUGGAAUGUAAAAUCUUCAGUAACAUCAUGGCCACUGUCCUCAAGAUGGUCAAAGCCAACGAUCAUAAGUACUCGAAACAACGGAAAUCCAAAUUGCUCGAUAUCGGAUAUCGAUCUGGGAUGGCCAUUUUGGGUAUUUGCUUUGCUAUGGACGUCGAUUCCCUACAGACAACCCUAAAAAUUGAUGUUCUCGAUACCUACAAGACCUGUCAAGCUCCCAGAAAAGAGUUCCGAAAACUCCAUGAUGGCCUUAUUAAAUACUGCAAAGAUCGAGAUCCUGACGAACAGCUCUUCCAUUUCGACUACAAGGCACCGCCUACCAAGAGUGACUUCAAAACGAUAAUGACGAUGGCUAUGAUGAAAUUCAUGGAUAUGUAG